AUGCUCCUCCAAGAGCGCUUGACCAGGCCCGCUGGGGCACCCGACUGCAGUGACAUCUGUGUGGUCCGUGGCCUGAUUCUCAGGCACACUGAGGGGGAAGCCUGCCCCGCAAUUCGCAGGCCAGCAAGCAAGCUCCAGCGCUUUGGGCCGGCAUGCCAGGGCACGCAGGGGGCACAUGGGACUCGACAGGGGUCGGCCGCUGGAUUUGAUGUUUCAGAAAAAUGCGUUUCGUCUCAAUCUGGCCUUGCCGCGGGCACCGUCAGACCGUUCCUGAUUGCCAAGAACGGUAACCGAGAGGUGUUCCCACGAGUCCAGAACAACCGCUCUGCACAGUACAUUCAUAGUACGGACAGCAAGAGGCGGAUUGGUAUCCCUCUGUCCUCUGUGGCCCCCAACCAGCUUCCAGAGUACACUUGGAGUCGGAAUAGCUCGGCCUUCAUGUCUUUCCUGAGAAGAAAUUGCUCUGCGUUGGUGAGCUAUGGGCUCCAGCCCAGCGAUGCUCAGCCGCGAGGGCGGAGAACCAUUCACUGGGGGCAGCCAGACGCGCAACCCGCAAUAUUCCCAAAUUGA